CCUUUUGUCGAAAAGAAGUUGUAUAAUGACCUCCCUGCAGAGUUGGUCUCUAGGUAUAGAGGAGGUUUUCGACUCUGCAGCUAACUCCUGCUAUAUAUAGGCGCUGGGAGAUAGCUAGUUUGCGGUCUUUUUCGGUGCGGAAAGCUACCGCAAUAGAUCCUGCAAGCUGGUUUUCUCUCUUCUGUUUAGAAGUUAGCUAGUAGGGUUUGCCUACGGUUUGAAGUCCAUUCGAGAAGGUAGAGAUCUUAGUCUUUAUAAAGUCUAAGAUAUCGAGAUCGUUUAGUUCCUGGGUAGGAACGCCGUAGAUCGCCGCUUUAUACCAGGUUUCGUUUAUUUUAGCCUGGCAUUGCGGGAAGAUUUUCUAGAUUAUAUCGAUCUUAUCUAGUAGAAAAGACGCAGGGAAUCCGUAGUUUCCCGUUAUAAUAAUGUUAUUAUUUUGGGAGAGACGAACGCCUGAGAUAACGGUUUUCCCCCGGUAUCUAGCUGUUUCGAAGGCUUUAUUCAGCCUAGUUCUUGUGUCGAGUAGGCUAAAGAACUUGUCUAAUCCUGGGUUAGAAAAAGAGAUUUGGUGUUCUUUGAGAGUAGGCUUAGGAGCGGGCGGAGAGGUAGUUCCGGGUUUUUUCCUAUUGGUAACAAGAUUGAAUCCGGUUUGGUCUGAAGGGAGGUUCCUUGUAGCUGCGGAGGCGUAGCUUUGGGGGUUUCUAUAGGUGGGGUUUUGGCUAGGUAGGGCCGGGGUGAUUAUAGGAGGGGGCGUUCCUAGUUUCCGUACGUUUGUCUGGAGUACUCGGGAGGUAUUUUCAAGGGCUUUUACUUUCGUAGCAAGAAUAGACUUAGAACAGUCUAUUUUUCCGGUCUUCGUGUAGUCUCUAAAGAUAGAGAGAAGGCCGAGGAGGCUUUCUAUUUUGUCGGUA